AUGGCAAAACAACACAUCGCAGUUUUCGAGAACAGUAAAAAGUCACAAUUUUGUUUGCGGUCGAGUAUGUAUGACGAACAGUUUUGUUGGUGUGAAACAACUUAUCAGAGAAAAGUGUUUUAGCAAAUGCUUUGUACAGCAACAAAAUAAACAUUAGUAUGCAAUUUACAAGAUAAUAAAUAAGUCAUAGAGGCGUGAGUCUAAGGUGUUUGUGUAAUUUGUAAUUGAACAAAACAAGAUGAGCGCCCCAAUUAUCAUCACCGUUCCCAACAACUACCUAGCGAUGGAGGACAUGGAUUCCCAGGUGAUGGUGGACGUUGCUUCACCAUCACCUUCACCAUCGCGAAAGAGAAGACUGGACCAUCUCACGUGGGAGGAGAAAAUGCAGCGGAAGAAACUAAAGAAUCGCGUCGCAGCGCAGACUUCACGCGACAGGAAAAAAGCUAAAAUGGAUGAAAUGGAAAGUCGUAUUAAACAUUUUAUGGAUGUAAAUGAAAAACUUAUUAGUGAAGUGGAGAGUUUGAAGGCACUGAACGAGCGUCUGUUAAGUGAGAACACGAAGCUACGCAGUGAGGCGGCGGCUCGCACCGUCGCGGGAGCCCCGGGACCAGCAGCGUCUCAGCCUCAGCAGAAGGUGGGGCUCCCGUCGGCGGUGCGGGUGGCGCGCCUGCUGCUGGCGAUGUGCCUCUUGCAGACAUCCUCGCACAGUUCGAGUCCGAAGAGUACCUCGAUACCCUUCAGCAGCUUGCAAACUCCCUCCUCCAAGAAAUUGGUACAAACUCUGCAGGAGCGACUCAAGAUGUACCAAUCGGGGAAUCUGGAGAAUGCAUUACAGGACCUCAAGUGGUGGGGACCUCAGCAAAGCAAUUGGAAUCCAGUGAAGGUGGAAGCGUGAAAACGAGCUCGGAGUACAAGAGUCCUGUUGACAAACAUGAUAUUGACAGGAUAAUGUCGCAACACUCAUAUGCACAUCCCCAUCCGGACAUUAUAGUCACCAGGCCCCAAGAAACAGUACAAAUUAAAGAAGAAGACUGGGAUAAGGGAGAUAUUUUCUACACAACUGUCGAUGAAGCGAAUGAUUGCAUCACUGUAGAAGUUCCCUGUGAUGAUACAAUCAAAGAUGAAAUACCAAUCAGCACAGAUCUAGAUUUAUUGACACUAACCGAUAAUAGUUCAGAUUUAACAUUAGAAUGUGACUUGAAGUUACUUUCCCCGAUGACAUUGUCACCUAAUGCUGAAGAGAAUUUGCUCGGAGUGUCUCCCUCGCACACCAGCCUUAGUUCUGAUUUAGGUUAUGAAUCUUUAGCGUCUCCUCUCAGUGAUCCCGGGUCGAUGGACCUAUCAGAUUUCUGGUGUGAAUCAUUCUCAGAAUUGUUUCCGGAUUUAACAUAAAAUUGGUUUAAUUCUGAGUUUAAUUCUCACUUGAAGACUGAUUAGUUGUUAAGUAAAUGUUAUUAAAAUCAAAUGAAAUCUAAUUGAUGUAAGUUUAUUAUUGCUUAGCAUUAUUAAGUUUUAAGUUAUUUUAUAUGAACUAGAUGUUUUGUAGGGAUGUACAUUGAGUGUUGUAAAUAAAGUUUUUUUUUCCGGCUCAA